GCUCCACCUCCUCCCUUUUUCGGAAAACCACUCAUGUUUCGCUGCGCCCUGCUUGUCUCCUCCAACAAUGGUCCGCAUAAUCUUUGCGCCCCUCGCGCCACACGGCGUCUUUCACAAACCUAUAAAGACAGCCCCCCCUGCUGCAGUCCUCCUCAGCAUCCGGACAUACCCACUCCUCCAAAAGCUUAACAUCGUCUAAGGAUUCUUCCUUCGCCACACACCUUCUACACCAUGUCCCAGAACACCAAGACUUUCUACGCCGACGCCGUCCUCUUCGAUAUGGACGGUACCCUCACCGACUCCAUCUCAGCCGUCGAGGCGGCAUGGGGUAAGGUUGCGAAGGACAUCGGGCAAGACCCGUCCUACGUGAUCGCUGCCACCCACGGCAAGCGCGCCGUCGACAACCUCUCGCAGUUCAAGCCUCACAUCAAGGAGCACGAGAUGGAGACCGAGGUCCAGGCCUUCGAGGAGUCGAUCCUCUACUUCGCCGACGCGUACAACCUCCACGGUCCCGGCUCGCGCCAGAACUCCCCCCUCGCCACGCCCGCUGCCUCUGGCGAGACAACACCCGCGCUCACCCCGGGUAACUCCACGCCCUCGUCCCGCAACUCCUCUCGUACUUCCUCAUUCGUCGGCGGUCUGAGCAACCUUACCGCGUUCCGCCGUCGCCCAUCAUUCCUCCACCGCGUCAGCAGCUUGCUCGCGAUGACGCCCGACCGCGCACGUAUUGCGGAGUCGACUGUCGACGAGGACGAGGAGAGCACGUUCGUCCAGGACGACAAGCAGGAUAAGCAGUCGAAGCUUCACCAGCUCCAGGCAUGGCAGGAGGAAGCCGCAGCGAUUGACCGCUCCGUGCGCAUCCUCCCUGGUGUGAAGAGGAUGAUCGACUCCAUUCCCGCGGGUCACUACGCUGUUGCGACAUCGGGCGCAAAAACAUACGCGCACGGCUGCAUGACGCGUGUUGGCAUCACCCCGCCGCCAGUCACGAUCACCGCCGACGACAAGCGUCUCAAGGCCGGCAAGCCCGCGCCCGAUCCGUUCCUGCUCGCGGCGGAGUGCCUCGGGUUCGACGCGAAGAAGUGCGUCGUCUUCGAGGACUCGCCCUCCGGCAUCAAGGCCGGCGUCGCGUCGGGCGCGACGGUCAUCGCCGUCUGCACGUCGCACGACAAGGAGAAGAUCGAGAACGCCGGCGCGCACUACCUCGUCGAGAACAUGGACAAGGUCGUCUGCGAGCCCGUCGAGAUCGACGGCAAGCUCCAGCUGAAGUUCACCGUCACCGACUCGAUGUCGAGGGCGAGGGCGAAAUUUCAGCUUCAGCGAGCAUGCAGGGCAAAGCCCCCGCGUGAAGUGCAGCCGACAAGCGGACCACGGGCGCGGGCUCAGCUAUGA